AACAUCGGCAUGUUUAUGAGAGCAUACUAGCUCGUUGUUAGCAGAUUUGCUGUUAGUGCAGGCUCUUUUCUAUUCUUAAUCACAAUUUCUCUACGGCGCAACCUUCUAACUCAGAGAAAUGGAUGUCGGAGAGCUUCUGAACUAUCAGCCUGACAGAGGAGCUAAGCGUCCAAGAGAGGAGGAUGGAGGAGGAGGAGGAGGAGGAGGAGGAGAAGAGGACAACUCCAGAGGAGGCAAACAGAUAAAAGGUCUGGCAGCUAAAGAGCUGGCCAGAUACAGAGAAGCUGAAGGAGGUGCUGAGAUGAGAGAAACUGAAGAGCUGACUGGAGACGGAAAGAUGAUUUUGGAUAAACUGAUGGAUGAGGUUGAGGAAGAACUUGAGGCUGAGCCAGUUGACGAGAGCUCCGUGAAGAAAAUGAUCCUGACCUUUGAGAAAAGGUCUUACAAAAACCAGGAACUGAGGAUUAAGUUUCCAGACAAUCCAGAAAAGUUCAUGGAGUCUGAACUGGAUCUGAACGACAUUAUUCAAGAAAUGCACGUGAUCGCCACAAUGCCGGAUCUCUACCACCUGCUGGUGGAGCUUAAUUCCGUCCACUCGCUGUUGGGUCUUCUUGGUCAUGAAAACACCGAUGUUGCCAUAGCCGUGGUGGACCUGCUGCAGGAGCUGACGGAUAUCGACACACUCCAUGAGAGUGAGGAGGGUGCUGAGGUGCUCAUAGAUGCUCUGUUGGAGGGACAAGUGGUGGCCUUAUUGGUGCAGAAUAUGGAGCGGUUGGAUGAACAAGUGAAAGAGGAGGCUGAUGGCAUCCAUAACACAUUGGCCAUCGUAGAAAACAUGGCUGAAUUCAGACCUGGCUUGUGCACUGAAGCCGCCCAGCAGGGCCUCAUGCAGUGGCUGCUCAAGAGAAUCAAGGCAAAGAUGCCGUUUGAUGCUAACAAGCUGUACUGCAGUGAAAUCCUGGCCAUCUUGUUGCAAAAUAAUGACACAACCAGAGAGUUACUGGGUGAAAUGGAUGGCAUUGAUGUGUUACUGCAGCAGCUAUCUGUGUUCAAACGUCACAACCCAAAUACAGCCGAGGAGCAGGAGGUGAUGGAAAAUCUGUUUGAUGCUCUGUGUUCCUGCCUGAUGCUGUCUUCCAAUCGGGACCGCUUCCUCAAAGGAGAAGGACUUCAGUUGAUGAAUCUCAUGCUCAGAGAAAAGAAAAUGUCUCGCACCAGUGCUCUGAAAGUCCUGGACCAUGCAAUGAUUGGACCGGAGGGAGCAGAUAACUGCCAUAAAUUUGUGGACAUCCUGGGCUUGCGGACCAUCUUUCCACUUUUCAUGAAAACCCCCAAGAAGAUGAAGAAAACCAUCGCUUCAGAGAAAGAACAUGAAGAACACGUCUGCUCAGUCAUCGCCUCCAUGCUGAGAAACCUCAAGUCCCAGCAGAGAACCAGACUCCAAAGCAAGUUCACGGAGAACGACUGUGAGAAGGUUGAUCGACUGAUGGAGUUGUAUUUUAAAUACCUGGAGGCUGUUCAACAGGCUGACAAGAGGAUCGAAGGGGAGAAACAUGACAUGGUUCGUCGGGGGGAGAUUCUUGAUGACAUCAUAGAGGAUGAAUUCUACCUUCGCCGUCUGGACGCUGGACUGUUUGUUCUUCAGCUGCUCUGCUAUAUUAUGGUGGAGAUCAGCAACUCGGGGGUCUCACAGCUUUAUCAGAGGGUUCACCAAAUUCUUAAUGUAAGAGGAGGCUCGGUCAAAAUAGUGCGCCACAUCAUGAGAGAGUACAUCGAGAGCAUCGGAGAUGGAAAGAGCGAAGAGUUCAAAGAGGCUGAGCGGAAGAGGAUCAUGGAUCUCGUUGACAACUUCUAAUCUCAUUUUUUUUAUUACUUCUUUCCCUCAUGCUCACAAAAAAUCGCCUUCAAACAAAAAAACUUUUCAAAUGUAAGCCCGUUAAGACCCGGCACAAAUACAUUUGGACUUGUUGCAUAAAUACGCUGACUUGUAGUGACUUGCAAAAGUAUUCAUCCUCCUUGUAGUCUUUAUAUUUUGUUGCCUAACAACCUGGAAUUUAAACAGAUUAAAAGCGAUAACUUUUCAAAAAAAUACUCCAGAUUUAUGAAAUGACACGAGAAAAACUGUUUGAAAUAUUUCAAUAAACUAUAAAAUUGAAACAUGGUGUGUGCAAAUGUAUUCAGCCGCUCUGCUUAACUUAAGCAGCCACGUGACUGUUUAAAUAAGAUUCAUCUGUGAACAACCUAAGUGUCAGAGGAUGCUCACGUGUUGUAACAACAGAAUCAACACCACUUCCACUUUAAGUAAGAUCUACCACCGAACACGAGACAACAUGAAGAACAGGAACUCUGAACACUCAGCGGUAAAUUUGUGAAGUACAAGUCAAGAUUGGUUUAAAAUAAAAUGCUUCAUCAAAUUCAUUAUUUGAACAUGGGUAGGUGAUGCCACCACAGCAAACCUGCUAAGAUAGGGUCAUCUACCAAAACUCAGAGGAGCGUAAGGAGGGUGUUAUUCAGAGAAACGUCCACGAGGUCAAAUAUAACCCUGAUGAAGAAGAAAGAAGAUGCUGUGGUCAGAUGAGACCAAAUUCAAACAUUUAUCAUUAAGAAGAAAAGACGAAUCUACCACCUCAGUGAAGAAUGGUGGUGGCAGCAUCAUGGUGCGGGGAUGUUUUUCAUCAACGGGGACAGCGUGCUCAGAAUUUAAGAAAAGCUGAUUGGGCUAAAUUAUAAAAAUUAUUUAGGAGCAGUUUGAUCAUGAAAGGAUAAAACCUCCAGUGGUCAGAUGGACCCAGAUCACGGAGACGGACCUGAAGAGAUCUGAUGCUGGAACUGCUGGAGCUAAAUGUGGCACAGGACUGAAGUUUUGGCGGCUGAUUUUAUUUGCACACACCACUUUUCAUAUUUUGAGUAUUUCAAGCAGGUUUUGUUCAACAUUUACCUUCGUUCAUUUGAAUUAUUGAUUUUAAUCAAACAAAAUCCAAUUAAGUUGGAUAUUAGGAUGAAAACUUUUACAGCCCGCUGUAUAUAUUGA